UGUUUCAACCCUGCCCCCCCCUCUUGCUGUCAGUGUAAGAUUCCAAUAGCUAGCUGUUGAAGGAUGCGGUGAAGAUGGCGAUGAAUGUGGAGAAUAGAGGUGUUUAUUUCCAAAAUAAUUACAUAAAUUAUACCUCUCAGCCUACUAACUAUAGGAGUAACAAUCACUUUGUUCACAGGUUAACAGGUCCUGAUCCCAAAGUGAAACCUCUAACGAAUAUGUGCCAGCAACAACCAUUUCGACCCAUGGCUCCUUUCCAGCCUGACCCUCUCCGAUUCCCCCCUCUGUCCCCAGGGCCACUUUCCCAGAUACCCCCUCACCCUCUGCCACAACCCCCCAGCCCCAAAUCCUUGCCACCCCCCCAGGAAGAGGAGACACAGGCUGAGGGUGACCAGGACUCUGCACUGGAGGACCUCUGUAGACCCCUGUACUGCAAGCUGUGCAACGUCACCCUGAACUCUGCACAGCAAGCACAAGCUCAUUACCAGGGUAAAAAUCAUACUAAGAAGCUCCGGAAUAUCUAUGCUGGCAGUCAGCAGCCGCCCCCGCUCAGAGUUCCAGAGGUGGUGGAGCCCCCUGUCCAUCAGCUCCCUCUCCCAGCAACAGCACCAAUGACUCAGUCAGGUUCCUUUAAGACAGGUAGCCGGGUGAUUCUAGCUACAGAGAAUGAUUACUGUAAGCUGUGCGAUGCCUCGUUCAGCUCGCCUGCUGUGGCUCAGGCCCAUUACCAGGGGAAGAACCACGCCAAACGUCUGCGGCUGGCUGAGGUCCAGCAGAGAAACACUUUCAUAGACACAUCACAAGCAAACCAAAGGCAACCAAGGAAAGAUGGGAACGAGUUUAAAGUAAUGAAGACCCGCAGGAAUGCGUAUGUUCCUCAAAACAUCCCAGGUCCCUACUAUAACCCGCGCCCUCGGCAGCGAAUCCCGCGGGACUUGGCGAUGUGUGUCACGCCCAGUGGCCAGUUCUACUGUUCCAUGUGCAACUCUGGGGCCAGCGAGGAGGCGGAGUUCCGGCUGCACCUGGAGAGCAAACAUCACAAGAGCAAAGUGUCCGAGCAGCGCUACCGCAGUGAGAUGGAGAACCUAGGCUACACAUAGAGGGGACUGCAGCUGCACUGACGUGCACUGCUUGUAUAGACAAGGAUCACUAAAAGAGUCACAGGAUAUAGGGGCCAAAUGGUGCCCUGUCGAGGGACAAGACAAAUUAUUCUAGUCGACAUCUGGAAGUACUUGCUGGCUCGCUACUGUUCUCUGUACAGUAACUGCAUGGUGUUGCUGUGUGUGGGGUUUUUUUUUUUUUUUUUUGUACGCACCAGCACCACCUCCUGGUAGGCCAUGAAUCAAACAUGUCCUUCCAGAUUUUCUUUUGCAAGCUUAUGAUUUGUUUUGACCUGAGUCUUAACGAUAUGAUACUAUUUGCACCGGAGAUAAAGCCUUCUAUUUUAAUAGACUGCUUCUCUCAAGAAAAAUCAAAGCAAUCUCUCUUGUCAUGUCAGUUUAGCUGCUUCGGGGCCCUUAUAUAAAGUUGGUCCCCACACCACUCAAUUCAGCAGAUGUUUAGAAAAAAAAAUAGUAAAUUGCACUACAGAAUUCUACCCAACCAGGUACCCUGCUGUGAGGCAAUACAAUUAGCUGGCUUUGCUCACAUGUAUAUAAGAGCAGUUCAUUAUUACAUUUGUGGAAAACCUGUUACGUACUAAAAUAUGUGUGGUGUGUCUGUAACAAAAUCUAAUCCAGUUAUGUCCUUGCAAAGCCAUACAGUUCACGCUGCUUCUUCUAAAGGGAACCCACUUUCCCUUGCUUAUUGAUGAACCGUGGUAAAGUACACAGUAUAUUAUACUUUGUUUUAAUUUCUGGCAGGAGAGGUUAUUAUUUUGGAACAUUUAUUUGGAACAUGACAUGGCCAUUAAUAUUAGACUUUUUUAAAAUUUGUAUUUAUUUAUUUUUUUAAAGAAAAAGACUUGACACUUUGGGGGAGCUUGGUGGCACAGCAGCUCCUUCCCUGUCCUUGUGCCUUUUCUCUCUGGAGGCCUGGGUUCGGAUCCAGCUCAGGUAACAAGGGAAAUGCAUUUGGUGGUGGUCUCCACCCAGCCCAUCAUAAAUCCACUCCACGAUUGGUAGUCUUUGUUUGAGCUUGACCCGGAAGCAAGGUGGAUGGGAGGGGAAGCUCUCUUGGAGUCUGCUGGCCUAGCUGUAGCCAGUACCAUCAUUCAAUGGUACUAAAACAAGAUUGACACCUUUCAGUUCCUGUGGUCAGUUUAUAUAGCUUUAGAGGCCAGUCAUUGACCUUCAGGUUUUGAAAGGUACAACAGGCAGAGCUAUUUGGUAGCUUUACUUUUUUCAAGUUGGUACAGGUAUGAAACAUCACUUAUCUUAAUCCGUGUAUAUCUUAAUCAGUGUAUUCUUUUUGUUAUUCAGAUUUGAUUUGUAUAUCAUUUUCUGUUUCUUAGGGACUUUUCAUGAAACUGCAACACUGUUUUAAGUGUAUGUAGUUUGUUCUGUUUGUUAUGUAUUACUGAAAUGUGUAUUACACCAGCAGGGGCAGAGUGUUGCAGGAAGGCAGGUUAAUGGUAACACUGUGGUGUGCCAGGUAUACUAAGAUAUUAGACUUGUUUCUGUCAGCACUAUUGCAUUUCAAAAAGUGUCCAGGAUUUCAUUACUUAAACACGAAAAUGAUAUACAAAGUUAAUCCAAACAAAAAGAAAAAUGCAUUUGUUAAGAUUUCUCGAUAUUUCGUGACUUUAAAGUCUGUUUCAAAGCUCUUUUCAAAAUGGCAGCUCUAGUGCACUGGGGUUUGAGCUCAGGGGUGUGUCAAACAGGUAACACAGCAAUAACUGUCCAUGAUGUGGUACGGAACAGAAAAGUCAGAGCACUUGUUAUGUUGUUGUUUUUUUUUUAAAUGGCUCUUCCAGCAGUGAUUUAGAGGACACACCCCUGAUCUCAAACCCUAGUGCACUAGAGCUGCCAUUUUGAAAAGAGCUUUAAAACAGACUUUAAAGUCAUAACUGUAAAAAGUUGUCAGGGUGUUAACAAUGAAAAUAAAAAUUACAGGUACGUUAUUUAAACAGGUGUAGCAGCAUGCAGGGACGUGUAACACUAUAUUUUUCAGAACCCCGCUACUUACUCUUUAAUGUUCCUCUAUUCCUUUUCGGUUCUUUCAGCACUUACUGAAAGUUAACACUGUACAAAAGAUCUGUUUCCAUUUUUAAGCACUGCAUUUUUGAUUGCUGUUUUUAUUUCUACAGUGUUCUUAUUUAUGUGUUCUACUUUGUCUACAAGUUAGAUAUUAGCAGUUUAUUUUUUAAAUAAGGAAUUUAACCUUUUUUCAAAUGGCCUGUUGACAUGUUUAUAAUUACUGUAACUGAAGCUUUCACAGCUCAAAACUCUGAAAUCAUUUAAAUGCCUAGUUUCUGCACCCCUUAGCGUUCCUUUGCUAUUCCCCACGAUUCUUUGUUUGUAUGCAGGGUGAUUUAUAAUGUCGGAUGUGCUGCUGGGCUACAACCAGGGAUCAGUCCUGUGGCUGAUACCUGCAUGGGGUAUUGCAUAAGAUGCAUAAUAUUAGCAGUAUUUGUCUUGAGAGAGGGCUCUGUCUUUGAGAUUAGAUAGGAAUAUUGUUUUGUUUUUUCCAUGGUGUUCAGCUAACUUUAUAAUCACCCUGAAUAUAAAUGUAGUUUACUUGAAUUUUAGUCAAUAUGCUGCUAAAGUUUAUUUAAGCUAUGCAUGAAUGGAAUAGCCUGAUCACGUUAAAGUUACUUUGCUCAUUUGCAUUCUGUGAAUAUUUUUCUACUUCAAAUAUGAUAUUAAAAGGUCUGAUUAUUUUAUUUUUUUUCUUUGGAUUUUAAGACUAGCUACUGCACUACAUUGCCUGAGUUCGGGGAAUAUAAGAUGUUUGAGUCUUGCGUGUGAAGAGCCACUGUACUUUAAAGAGAUGGUAUAUAAUGUUACUAUUUGUUUUUGUUUUAUUUCUGAAAUGUUUGUACUAAAGAGUUUAUAGGAAUCUGUUUAAUGUAUUCAGUUGGGAAGUCAUCCACAUUUAAUUUCUUUCCGUUCACUUUUUAAGGGCCCGAGGGAGAGGGAGAGGGAGAGGGAGAUGAAAUGUCCUAUGUGGACCAAAGUGUUUACUUUCUCUCUCAUUGGUAAAGGGUUGCAGUUCUAGCAAUCUCGCUGUCACUUAGGAAGAAUAUGUUGAAAGGAUUUCAGUGGCUUUAACUAUUUGAUAUAGCGAUUGUUAUUUCCUUUUCAACUAAACAGCACGUGAUUGAGAAUGAACUGUGGCAUCAUACCUGUCUGAGUUCCGCAGUAUUUGUCCCCAGCUCUGCUGGCAGAGCUAGGAUCAAAGGUACACUACUGGGAUGAUUACCUGGAAAAUCUAAAAGGCAACGUAGGACCUGUUUAAAAAAAAAAGAAAAAAGAUUUUACCUUUUCACUUACGGAAAUAACACAAACAAGGUCUGCUUGCCUCAAUUAUAGGAGGCUGUGUGGUCCAGUGGUUAAAGAAAGGGUCUUAUAACCAGGAGGUCCCCGGUUCAAAUCCCACCUCAGCCACUGGCUCAUUGUGUGACCCUGAGCAAGUCACUUGACCUCCUUGUGCUCCGUUUUUCGGGUGAGACGUAAUUGUAAGUGACUUUGCAGCAGAUGCAUUGUUCACACGCCCUAGUCUCUGUAAGUCGCCUUGGAUAAAGGCGUCUGCUAAAUAAACAAAAUAAUAAUAAUAAUAAUUGAGCAGAGAGUGCUCAACUAGGGAAGGAUUUUUUUCGAGUGUAACAUUGAACAAGAUUGUGAUUUAAUUUUGUUUUUAAUGUAUUUAUUCAUUUAGCUUGUACAAGCUCUCUGUGCAUGUACUGACUUGGGGCUUGCCAUUAAAAGAGUGCAUAAAGAAGGAAAGACCUCCAUAACUACAAACCAUCAAUCUGAAGAUAUACAGUAUAGGGGCCCAAUUUAGAAGUAAGGGCGUGUGCAAAGGAAACCAUUUCAGCAGUAAGAGAAACAGCAAACAACCUUCUACAAACUAGAACUACUCUCUCCUGCAACUAUGUAGUUCCUUGCUAGUUUUAUACUGUUUGUCUAAUUUUAUAAUCAAGUAUAUUUGUAGUGCCACAGUUAUUUUGUGCAACUGUUUUUUCGAUUCAUUCUGCUUUAUUUUCACUUUCACAUCACUGCACCCUCAUUUGCCACACUAAAAGGUAUACAAGGUUCUGAUUUCCAGACCUAUGAGUUACUAUAGACAGAACAGUCAGCAUUGUGGCCCUCUGCAUUUCCUUUUUUCUACCAUUAAGGGAUUAACACAAAUAUAACUGUUUUUAAUGAAUAAAUGAGUACAUAUUUUGCAUAAUAAGAGAGAACCAUCGUGCCUUCAGGAAUCACUACAUUUCAUAAAGUAGCUGCCUUGAGGACAGACUUUUUGAAAACACUUUUUUCCUGCUGAAGGAUUUUGCUUUUGAAAACCACUGAAUGUCCUGAAAAUGCAGCAGCUGUUUAUUGCAGAACACACCGUAUUGAGCCAUGUCCCAGGUACAGUUAAAUUGGGUUGACUUCCCUUUUGAGAAAAUGUCUUGAAUGUAUAUUUAAAGAAAAUCGAAUGCCUAAACUGUGUAUAUAUGUUUAUCGCCGAAAGUCUUAUUCUAACACAUUACAGAAAUGCACUGUAUACGUCAAUCAUUUAUUAAAAAGUGUAAUGUUUGUUAAAUA